CACUGUUUAACUUAAACGUUUUUUGCAUUAAAUGUGCAUAAAACCUUUGUGCAUAGUCCAGUUUAUUCACUACAUAACACAGGCUCGGCCAAGACUUCAAAAGAAGCAUCUGACUCAUCUCCAAUCUGAAAAAUAUCCGUCGUAGCUACCGUUGGAGCAUCACUGUUAAACUCAUCAUUGAGCAAUUGGUCUAGUUCUGGUGCUUCCUGCAUUCAUGAACAGUGAUCCCAUCUUGUCAUCCUCUAUGCCAUCCAUGGGGUUUGUGAGGAUACAAUUUUUGAAUCCAGAGUCUUGGUUCUCUUUAUUUCUCAUUAUUGUCAGCACUUUGAGGGGAAGUUCCACCGUGCUAACAGUGGAGCCUCUUGCCCCCAUACGGCUGCAAUCUGUACCCAGCUCUUCAUAGCGUCAAGUCGCGAUCAAAACGAAAGCUCAAACUACGUACAAAUUAGCGUAAUGGGCACUUUUAAAAAAGCGAGCAUUUCAAAUGUGUACACUAUCCCUUUUUUUUUUUAAAUGAUCGUUCGAUCGUACUACGUAGUUUCAGCUCACGUUGUUUUGCUUCCGGUUUGGCCGUGUCAUCGGCCGGAGUGGUGAAACAUUUCUUUUAAAAGCAGCAGCACAAUUAGCCCUUGUAGUCGACAUUUUUUGUCUUCGUUUAAGUUAAAACAAACUCACAGGCAGUCAUUUUUUAUAUUUAGUACAGUAGCAACAAACAUGCUACGGUGACGAGGGUUAAAUGCAAAAGUUCCCCCACCUCAACGAGUUCAGAGUUCAGAGAUCAGCCAGCGGAAGCUCGUCAGAUUUAGACGGUGAGCCAUGAGGUGAGACAUCUCCUGGAAGGAUUAACACUCGGCGCUUGAGCUGCAACUGGCAGGAGGAGGUCAGGACAAGGAAGAGCAUUUCCACCUCCGCGUGUUCAUUUGAUCACUCUUCCCGGAUCUGCGGAGUAAGAGGAGCCGCUGACAACUCUGCGCUGAGCUCUGGCUGUUCCUCCGCAGGCUCCUCUGUUUCGCACAAGACCAACGCUUUUAUGAAGGUGGGGACAACUACUUCCCCACCCGUCUGCCUGGGGCGUACGACCAAGCUGGCUUCCAGGACAAGAACUCCAUGAUGGGCCUGUGCGGGCCUCUCUCUGGGGGCGUCGGGGUGAUUCAGCCAGAGGAUAAACCCUCGCCGUCCAGCCUCUCGCCCCAUUCCGAGUCCCACUGCCCGGGCCAGUGUUUGCCGUGGGCCUGCAAGCUGUGCAAACGGAAGACGGUGACCAUGGACCGCCGGAGAGCGGCCACAUUGAGGGAAAAGCGACGCCUGAAGAAAGUCAACGAGGCUUUCGAUGCCCUGAAGAGGAGCACCCUCAUGAACCCCAACCAGAGGCUGCCCAAGGUGGAGAUCUUGCGGAGCGCCAUUCAGUACAUCGAAAGGUUGCAGGCCCUGGUAUCCUCCUUCAACCAGCAGGACACCGAGAUGGGGCACUACCGGGCCGGACAGAACCAGCCUAGAGUGUCGUCAUCUAGCGAGCCCAGUUCGGGCAGCACCUGCUGCAGUAGCCCCGAGUGGAGCAGCACCCCGGAGCAGUGCACGCAAAGCUACAGCAGCGAGGAGCUCCUGAGUGCCGCCGACUCUCCAGAGCAGGCCACCAUUCAGACCCUGAGCUCCAUCGUGGAGGGCAUGGCCUCAGCAAAUGGCGCAGUGGCCUUUCCUGUGGACAUUCCCAAAUAAGAACUUCCACAGAGCAGACCCCGAGGAAGAACACUGCGCUUCAGACACAAAGUGACGAGACGAUCGGAGAAGCAGGCUGUUAUUUUCCUAUUUAAAUCACAAUUCACCUUGGCAGUAACGAAGGUUUCAAAGGGUCUGCUAAACAAAAUGAAUUCCACCGUUGGCCUUAUUUCCUUUAUUCCCUGCCUUAAUCCACCAUUUAAAGAGUCAGUUGGAAGCUUGCAUUUGAAAAGACUUUGCAUGAACAAGGCCUAGUUUUUCUCCUUACUUAAUUUAAGCUUUCCUCUUUUCAAAACCUUUCCCUGAUCUUUCCUUCUUGUUUUGUGUGUGUUUUUAUGGAAACAAAGAACCAUGACUUUAUUUGUGGGGCCAACAUGUACCAUGGCAGUUUUGACCAAGAUCUGCUUUAUGUUAAACUGGUAACAAAUGCUAGUGAUGUAAAUACGUUCCCUUUUUCU